AUGAAGACACUUCUUGUGCUAUUUUCGUUGGCAACGAUUGCAAUUGCGGUUCCAACAUCUGUUCGAGAAAAUCUUGAUAGUUUUGAAUUUUUAUCUGAAAAUAUUCCAGAUAAUAGACGUGAAAAAAAGUCAGCUGAGCAUGACUCUUCACAAGGGCUUACAAUUAACAAUGAAAAAGAGAAUACACAAAUGCGUCACAGUCAUAAGACAAAAAUUGAAACCUCAUCGCCUGGAAAGACGAAACUUAAUUUCAGAAAGCCAAUAAUCAUCAAGAAAAAAUUAGGAUAUCAAGUUUAUCGAGAUUCUGACGAAGAAAUGGCACACGCUGAUCCAUAUGAAGAUUGCAGGGAGCAAUUUAAAGUAAAACUCUGUGGGGAGCCCAUAGUACGUACUCAUUCCAAUAAUAUAAUAAGUCUUGUGUCUGAAAGCCUGGAGCCUGAAAGUUUUUCGGAAAAGGAAAUGGAAAAUAGCAUUAAAAAGGCUAAAGAAGCUGUAGAAAAUUUAGAAAGAGAUUUACAAAUAGUGGAGCAUAACUCACCGAAAAAAAGUGAUUCCAGAGAAAGUCUGGAUUCUGAAAUUACGUUACAACAAGAUAUUGAGAUGGCGAAAAGUGCUUUGGAUCAUAUUCAAAAAAGAAUGGGUAAUUUGGGGGCAACAGAUUUUCCAGGAAGCAAAAAAAAAACUGAAGAGAUAAAAUCCAUAAAUCAAUGGAAAGAAACUAUUGACAAUAUAAACAAGAACGCUGAAAUUUCCAAAAACAUCGAAGAUGCCUUCAAUUUUCAAACACCAUACUUCCAACAAGCUGAUGUCAUAAAUGUACCAAAGACAAGUGAACACGACCAAUCAGAAAAUCCAAAUAAAGAAAACCAUAAUAAUAACAUGGACCUUGAGCAUCUUUCAAAUUUGAGAUCUUCAGAUACAAAAGACGAUCACGAGAUAAAUGAAAGUGAUAUGUUUGUUGCUUCAACAAAUCAUAAAGAAUCGGAAUUUUUACGAGGUGAAAGCUUGAUAGCUGACAACGGUUAUAACACAAAGUCUUUAGAUAGUCAUGAUAGCACAAAAACUAAUUUUAAUAGCAAUGAUCAUCCUGCAACAACUAAUAAUUCUGAAAUUUUACCAUUGGAUUCGGAUAUACAAAAUAGGAAAAUGAUCGAUACCGACAUGCCUGUAGAAAAUGUCUCAGGAGAUGUUAAAAUGACAAAAUUGCAAGGUGACGAAGAAAACGUGAAAAUUGGUUUAUCUGUAGAAGGUAUUACUAAUACAAAAAACCAAAUGAAUUCGAAAGGUACAGAAAAUUCUGAAAGCACUAAACAAACAAAAGAAGAAUACGAGGAAGAACAACAUCAUGAAGAACAUAAAGAUAGUCCGGUACUUAAGUCUCGUGAACAAAUUAUCGAUCAGAAUGAAUCCGAAAUGAAGAGGACAGAACUAGUGACGGAUAAUAUGCAUUCUAGUGAUUCAAAACCUACUUUGUUGAAAGAAAAGGAAGAGAGAGAUAAAGAUUUAUCAAACCAAAAAUUUAUUAAAGCUCCAGAAACAAAUUCACUUGUUAGAGUAAAACUCAUUAAGAGUGAAGAAAAUGACUUAACUAAAGCUCAUAAUUUACAUUCUUCUGAUGUGAAUCACGAAAACGCUCAUUUAUCACCAUUAAUAACAGCUGAAUCUGGAAAUGGACAGCACUUUCCGAAUGAGUUUCCGAGCUUGCAAAUGAAUGAAAAUCAUAACACAAAUCACUUACUUAAUGUAAAUAUUAAAGAUCAAUUAAAUGAUUUCCAUCAAUCGUUUAUGCGUUUAGCUCAAGAAAAACAAUUGAACGAUAUGUUAUUGCAACAACUUAAUAACAUAGAACAUUUAGAUAAUGAACACAAAAUUAAUCUACAUGCAAAAACUAAUGAAUUUGUACCUACAGAAGAUAUAAAUGGUCAUAUGGUUCACAUUCAUGACACGACGCCACUUGGAAUACAUGAAAACCAAAAUACGAAUAUUUUAAAAGACGUCGUGAACAGUUUUAAUGAACACCAAAAUAUGCGACUGGUAGAAGGCAUUGACAACAUGGGUCACGAUAAAACUGAAGCUCAACAUUUGAAUAAUCCUCUUUGGGCUGAGCGUUGGGCUCAAGAAAAUCAACAGGGCUCACCCGCAUUUAAAACGAUGUCAGAAUUAAACAAUAUGGAUAUGUUGUUAACACCGACAAAUAACAACGAAUUUCAUAGUGGACGCCAUGCUCAUAGAGUAAAUAUGAAUAUGACUGAGAUAACAAUGGAAAGUCUAAAUUCAGGCCAUUUAUUAACUGAUAGUAAUGAAAUGAAUGAUCCUCAUUCCGUGCAUUUGACACAAGAUAAACAUUAUGAUCAUGACUUAGCACGAACAUUUAAUACUGCAGCCGAAUAUCAUAAUAAGGCACAAUGGAAUAAUCAUUUUCACGAAUCUACGCCAACCAAUGCAGUGAAUAACUUUGUUUUCGAUGGAAAUCAAGACUUGUAUCCAAUGAGGUCUGGAAUGCCUGAUCACUUCCAUUUAAUGAAACACGAUCAAGCUUAUGACGUGGAUAGCGCAAUGCAGCCAAGUAUGCAAAUGGGUAUGAAGGAUAGUGGCACGCAAUGGGGUCAUCAUCAUCAUCACAAUCAAUAUCAUCACGGCAUGUCAAGAUCAAGUUAUUCUCCAAGUCAACACAACUCUGAUUCUAGCAUGGGAGCAGUUGGCGUUUUCUCAAAUGCAAAUACUCAUUCCGCUAUCCCAUUACUGUUAAGCUGUUCUCCAUCUGUAGUCUCCGGUAGCUUAGCUAGAGCUCAUACAAGGGGAAUAUCCUAUCCUGCGUACAGGACAGGUGAAAAUUUAAUGCGUUACAUAAAACGCGAUGCGAAUAAAAUAGAAGGGAAACAAUCUGUUAAAAUACAAAAGGAACCGAUCACUUUGUAA